UUCAUUUUUGCAUGCAUUUCUUAACUCUUGCGAAAAUUUUCAAUUACGUUGCAAGAUUAAUUAUUGUUUGAUUUUUUAAAUAAAAUUAUAAAAAACAAGUCUCUUAAUAAUAAUGGUGAACAAUAAUAAAUAUACUAUUCUACUUCCAACUUAUAAUGAGAAAGACAAUUUGCCAAUUAUAAUUUGGUUGAUUGUAAAAUAUAUGGAUGAAGGAGAAUAUAAUUAUGAAGUUAUUGUAAUUGAUGAUGGCAGUCCGGAUGGUACCUUAGAGGUGGCAAAAGAUUUACAAAAAAUCUAUGGAGAAGAUAAAAUAGUUUUAAGACCAAGAGAAAAAAAAUUAGGUUUGGGAACAGCAUACAUUCAUGGUAUAAAACAUGCUACUGGGAAUUUUAUAAUUAUAAUGGAUGCGGAUUUAAGUCAUCAUCCAAAAUUUAUUCCACAACUAAUUGAAUUACAAAUUUUCAAAAGAUAUGACAUUGUUUCUGGUACAAGGUACCGUGGAUCAGGUGGUGUUUAUGGAUGGGAUUUCAAAAGAAAAUUAAUAUCACGUGGUGCUAAUUUUCUUUCACAAUUACUAUUACGUCCAAAUGCAUCUGAUUUAACUGGUUCAUUCCGUUUAUAUAAAAAAGAUGUAUUAGAAAAAUUAAUUGCAAGUUGUGUUUCAAAAGGAUAUGUUUUUCAAAUGGAAAUGUUGGUUAGAGCAAGACAAUUCAAUUAUACAAUCGGUGAAAUUCCAAUAACAUUUGUUGAUCGUGUUUAUGGAGAAUCGAAAUUGGGUGGCAAUGAAAUUAUACAAUUUGCUAAAAAUUUAUUAUACUUGUUUGCAACCACAUAAAGAAAAAUUUCAAAUUUUUUUUAUCACAUUAAUGUAGGCAUUUAAAAAGAUAAGUUAGAUAGGUAUAUAAUAUUUAGUUAUUCGAAAAAACAAAACACGAAAUAUUCCAUAAAGUCUUACUUUUUACUAAUUCAAUUAAUUAUUGUACUUUAAAUACAUAUGUUCUUCAAGUGUCUUCCGAAUGGCAUAUAAAACAUA